AUGCAUUCGUGUCUUGAAUCAUUUUCAACAGAAGUUGUCUUUGAAAUUUUCAAAUAUUUGUCUUCCAUCGAUCUUUAUCGAGGCUUCGUUGGUCUGAAUGGUCGUCUGCAACGAAUCCUCAAUCUGUAUCCACUUCGACUUAACCUGCAAUUGAUUUGUCGAUCAGACUUGGAUUUUCUUUGUCAUCAUAUUCAACCUAAGCAAGUUAUUUCAAUUGUUCUUUCCGAAGAAACAAUACCCGAUCAAGUUAAAAUUUUUCUCAAAUAUUUUCCACGCUUCGAACAUCAAUUUAUUUGUCUUCAAUCGGUAAACUUCAUCAAAACGGAAAAUUAUGUUAUUGUCUGUUCUAUUGUAGGAAUUGAAAUAUCAUUUGAUUUACUCGAGCAAAGUCUGAAUAAUCUACCACGAUUGACACAUUUAACAAUCGAAGCAACCGGUACACUCGAUCUACUUGAUGGUGUUCGUUGGGAAAAAUUUCUGAGGAGAAGAGAAUUAAUCAAAUUCAGUUUUAAAUUCAGUCUUUCACUAAAUCUUGUUUGCAAUCAAGAUCAAUUUUCAUUACUCGAACCAUUUCGUUCAUCGUUUUGGCUCGAGGAAAAACAUUGGUAUGUUGCCUGUUACAAAAAUGAAUGGGGUAACAAAUGUCCAAUCAUCUUUUCUGUGCCUUACGCUAUACAUCACUCAAUUGCAUAUCUGACAGAAAUCUAUCCACCGUUGUCGACAGCAUCAUCUGACAUGGAAAAACAGCUAUUCUAUGAUACCAAUAUUAAUCAUCUUGAGUGCUAUUUUCCACGACAGGACCGUCGACAAACUUAUACUUUUACUAAAGUGAACUCAUUACGUCUUAUUGGGGACUCUUCAUCAUUCAACUUGAACAUUUUGACAUCCACCGUUGAUCUUGGUCGAGUUCGAAUUCUCGAUGUUUCCUCUGUUGAUCACAUAUCGACAUCUCAACUACGUGAUCUACUUGAGCAUACUCCUCGUUUAUAUCAUCUAACGAUGAGACAACAGAAUCAAUCAUUUAUUCUACCGUCACAUAUUCGUUCUCUCCAUUUAAAGAGAAGUUUAUCGCAUGAUACUAUCAAUUUUGCAAACAUCGAUCAACUCCGUUGUGAAUUGUUACAUAUUGUACAACUUGAAAUUAAAGUACAAACACAAGAGUUGAUGAUCGAAAUUAUCGAACGAUUUGAUCAACUUGAAAGUAUCAUAUUUCAAUGGAGUGGCUACUUGUUAGAAAAGUAUACCUCCUCUGAAUGGUUUCAACAAAAUACACGACGUCUUCAUGAAAACAAUUUCACAUGUCGGAGAGAAUCUGAACGUGAACGAGGUGAACCUCGGCGAAAGGUUGGAUGCGGUUACGUUCCUCCAAAGAUAUUUAUUUAUUUGUCGAUAUCCAAAAAUGACCCAAAACAACCAGCAUUGGAGAAAGAUCAAUAUUCUCUUCACUGGUUACUAACGAUUUUCCAGCGAGGAUGGAAGAACUUAUUCUACCAAAAUUAGAAAAAAUCACAAUUUUUCCAUAAUUGAUUGCACAAUUUGUUCAAGCUCGAAGCCAUUUACAUUGAACAAGUGGCAUUACAAUUUGCGCAGCGAUGCAUAAAAAUAUAAAUCAAUGUUUUGAACUUCGAAAAUGAAUAAAUAAACAUCUAACUUGAAAUGUUGUACAGUUCAGACGUUUUGCUAUAAUCUCAUGCAAUAAAAACAUUUUUUAUUGUCUUAUUACUUUCAAAAAUCAGGCUCUGCGUUUUGAAACGCCUAAAACUGAUUUUUGAGGUAGUUUUUAACAUUCUUCUUUCAGCAUCAUAUGGAGUAAUCGAAUAUAUAUUUGGAAUCAAGUCAAAUAAUACUGAUUUUCGCUCGAUGUACCGAUUUCCAACGCGGAAUUCCUAUAUGAUGAAUAGCCAUUUCUGAUCAGCAAAGCACUUACGAAUCUACAUGAAUUGUGAAUUUUUGAGCUAAGACUGUUUCGAAAGACUCAGAUUUGGAAAAACGAUGAAAUAUGUCUAAAGCCAGACACCUACGGCAACUUUUUUCAAAUACUGUUUAUUGCCGAGAGACUGUAGUAAACUCGAUUGCAUAUUUCGAUUCUCACAUCGAUUAAAAACGAUAUAACAAGGUAUCUUAUAGAUAUGGGUUUGUAGUGCCUGAGACGCGCUGUAGAAUGGUGAAUAAUCGCCAUUUAUAUGCUUGGUUAAUUUUCAAUGGAGAAACGGAUUUCGUAACUGAACCCAGAACACUAGUGCAUUUUUGACGGUUUGAUGAGAUUGAUGUAUUUUACAACGUCCGUAUCUCAAGAGGUCGUUAAUCUAAGAUUCUAAUUUUUUUGACUUGUGUAUUUAUACACUAGGACCUUUCAAACUAAAUGUGAAAGAUCGAAUUUUGAAUUCCAGCUCCGGAUGAUCCCUAUGAAUUUGAGUGAUACCCUCGCGAAACCUCUCUUAAAAACAAGACAUAAUGAAUAUGAAUGAUCCACUAGUGACAGAACGAAUUGAUGAUUCAAACGAAUUCGCUAUUGAAUCAAUGUCUUUAAACUAUUCUCAAGAUUCAACGAAGAAAUAAAGUUUUUUAUUGAUGUGUUGGUUCUCAUUGAAGGUGGCAGAAAUCGAAAGAUUUUUUUGAUCACAAAGAAUUGUUAAGAGAAGAACUUGAACGCAAGAUUGAUAGAAUAUUAUAAUCCUACUCAACUGAUUGUUGUCACAUGCUGGUGACAAUAACGACGAUCUUAUUCUCUCACUCAACAAUACCUGGCAUUUAUCCAAGCUUAACUUGUUUCCAUGUUAAAUCCAUGUAUUAUCGUCAAUAAUUGCCGUUUCGAAUAACUAACAGUCGCCUCAUCCUCGAUCGAGUAGAUUUUGAUUUGAAGAACUUCGCGAUUCACUCCAAUGACUUGUCGAAUAUAUUCAAGAAGACGGUUAUCUUCAACAUCUUCGCACGACUCUUGAAUCUGAUCCACGUAUUGGACUACCACUGGUCCAGUUUCAUCCAUCAACCCUUUCAAAAAUUGUGUUGUUCACGGCGUAUGGUGAUCAAUUUUUCGCCCAACAAACCUCAUUUGCGUCGUUUAACAAUCGAAACAGGAAGUUUUUAUUUAAUUGAACAUCAAUGGAAAAAGAUCGUUGUCGAUCGUCUAAUGGAGAUCUACAUAGGAUAACUUAAAACGUGCUUCUGAUUCAAUAAAAAUGAGUGACCAAAGAAGAAGUCGCUGAAUUAUUGACUACAUUUCGAACUCUGAUUUGUCUCGAUGAAACUCACUAUUGUCGUUCAAUAUAGAGAGAUUUUCUAUGAACAAAAUUUUGAUAUUGUUUGUCAUUUUCAUUGCCGAUAUUCGUAAGACAAGUACUACUGCUCGGACAAUAAUCAUUCAGCAAAUUAGUGUCACAACCAUUUUGAUAUGUAACAUAUACUGGGUGCUUUCACGCAGGUCCUCCCAAAUUUACAUCGACUUUCUUCAGGCACAUUUUAAGCAUGCUAGUUUUGUAGCCCUCGUCGAGUUGUAUAUAUCGGUAUACUUUUUUCUCUCAGAACUCAUGCGCUAAGUCCUCCAGA